CAGUUAACGUUACUGCCACACAUGCACUGGAAGUGUCCGCUACUGCCGGUGGACCACUUCGCUUUGUUGCCCGGCGUGUUAAGCACGUAACAAAGACAGGUGCUGCCUCUGCUGGCCGAAGCCCCCUGACGGGACAAAGAGCGAGAAAUAAAGAUGGGCACGCAUCGCCUGAGUGCAGCUGUUGGACCGUGUGAGACUACAAGUGUUCCAGUGACUGAGUGCACAUAACUUAGCACAGCCAUGCUGAAGUGCUGGACCCCGCCAAACCCUGAGUGAAGUUAGUGUGGCCACUGGGGUGUGAAGAGCAGAGCAGGGAGUCCCGGGUGUCUCUUCACAGCGGAGUUCAGAAUUACACUACAAUGUCUGCGGUGGCUUCUCUGUUGUAAGCACACAAAGGUUAUGCUGCCCAAAAGCUGUCUGAGUCCCAGUGAGAAAGAGAAGGGCUAAAGCCGCACCGAUCCAAACCAGCUUUCCAGAGCCUCUCAAGCAGCAACUCCACCACGGAGCCAUGAGCAACCCCAGCGCUCCCAACCAGAUUACAGAUGCCGUGGCAUCGGUUAUUCACAGUCCAGAGGUCCCUGCUGCCUCAUCACAUCACCAAGAGGAGGAGGAUGUGGACCUGAACAAAGCCUUGGGCGUCCAGCGCUUCCAGCAGAUCCUCAGCCCGGCUGCUGUAAUACCCGAUGAACAGCACCACAACUACCAUGAGGAGGACAUUGAAUACCACCGUCACUCCUCUCACCACAUCCACCGGCCUCUGUCCAAACUGCCCCCCGAGGGACGCAGGAAGAAGGGCAGCAAGAAAAGGAAAAAGGACAAAGAUCACAAAAGCAGCCAUGUUCCCAGCAGUGGCCCCAUAGAGGAGGGGGAGGAUGAAGAGGAGGAGGAGGAGGAGGAGGUGACUGAGACAACUUCUGCUCCAUCUGAGCCUGAGAGAGUCAGAGAUGUGGAGUUCUUUGUUUCGGAUGACGACCACGCGGCCAAACGUGGAAGAGAGAGCGUUUCCUCAGCCCGUGAGCUGGUUAUCGUAGCAAAGUCUGCGGAGGGGGCAGAUACUGAAGAUGACUCUUCCUCAGAUAAGCCGGCCUCAUCUGACGCUUCAAGCCCCGCUCCGCAGUCAGUGCCACCUGAACACAUACCACUCACCCGUGUGUCCUCCGCCGGCCGCAGCUACGACCUGCAAGAGCGCCGGCGCACAGGCAACAUGACGGGUGCCGAGCAGGCCAAAUACGAGCGCAUCCCUACUGACGAGAGCGAGGCUCAGACGCUGGCCUCGGCUGACCUGGACGGCAUCAAGAGUCAUCGUUUCGAAGAUGUUCCAGGCGUGCGCAGACACCUGGUCAGAAAGAGCACCAAGGGACAAGUGGUGCACACUGGCAAAGACCACAAAGAGCCGACCACUCGCAGCCGUAAGCAGGACCGAACCCCGCAUGAGGUCUUUGUGGAGCUGAAUGAGCUGACCGUGGACAAGAACCAGGAGAUGCAGUGGAAGGAGACUGCUCGGUGGAUCAAGUUUGAGGAGGACGUAGAGGAGGAGACCGACCGAUGGGGGAAACCUCACGUGGCCUCUCUGUCUUUCCGCAGCUUGCUGGAGCUCCGAAAGACCAUCUCACACGGUGCGGUGCUGCUGGACCUGGACCAGAAGACCCUGCCUGGCAUCGCUCACCAGGUGGUGGAGCAGAUGAUCAUUUCUGACCAGAUCAAAGCUGAGGACAGAGCCAAUGUCCUGAGGGCCUUGCUGCUGAAACACAGUCACCCGAGCGAUGAGAAGGAGCACAGUAGCCCUUUCCCCAGGAACAUCUCCGCAGCCAGCCUGGGCAGCCUGAUAACGCAUCACCACAGUGCCAACCACACCCAUCAGCCAGAACCAUCAGUGACUGACCCGCUCAUGGGCUCCAUCCACACCACGGUGGACGUAGACGCACACAUCGACAUGGAGAAGAAUGAUGUACAGCAGAAGGAGCUGACCGUUGUGUCCGGUAUGCAUCGGUCCAAAUCCAAACACGAGCUCAAGCUGCUGGAGAAGAUCCCUGAAAAUGCUGAGGCCACUGUUGUCCUUGUGGGCUGUGUGGACUUCCUGGAGCAGCCCACCAUGGCGUUUGUGCGGUUGCAGGAGGCGGUGGAGCUGGAGUCCGUGCUCGAGGUCCCCGUGCCAGUCAGGUUUCUCUUCGUUCUGCUGGGACCCCCCACCACCAGCAUGGACUAUCACCAGAUAGGACGCUCCAUCUCCACACUCAUGUCUGACAAGCAAUUCCACGAGGCAGCCUACCUUGCAGACGACAGGCAGGACCUGCUGAACGCCAUCAAUAGCUUCCUGGACUGCAGCAUCGUGCUGCCACCUUCAGAGAUGGGAGGGGAUGAGCUGCUGCGCUCUGUCGCUCGUUUUCAGAGGGAGAUGCUGCGCAAGAGAGAGGAGCAGGGGAUCAAACUGUUGACCAGUGAGCCUAAGAGCUUUGAAGAAAAAGAGGCCCUCUUCACACCCUUGAAAAAGUCAGACGACCCUUUAGAGCGCACCGGACGCCCCUUUGGUGGGCUGAUUCGAGACGUCCGGCGCCGUUACCCAAAGUACCUCAGUGACUUCAAGGAUGCCCUGAACAGUCAGUGCAUGGCUGCCGUCAUCUUUAUCUACUUUGCUGCUCUCUCUCCAGCCAUAACAUUCGGUGGUCUACUGGGUGAAAAGACGGAGGGUCUGAUUGGUGUUUCUGAGCUGAUUGUGUCGACAUCAGUGCAGGGUGUGAUCUUCUGCUUGCUCGGAGCACAGCCGCUACUCGUUGUGGGCUUCUCUGGACCCAUUCUGGUAUUUGAAGAAGCCUUUUACAGUUUCUGCAAAGCAAACGACAUGGAGUACCUGACGGGCCGCGUCUGGAUCGGGUUUUGGCUCAUCAUCAUCGUGAUCGUCACAGUGGCCUUCGAGGGAAGCUUCCUGGUCCGCUUCGUCUCCCGCUUCACCCAGGAGAUCUUCUCCUUCCUCAUCUCCCUCAUCUUCAUCUGCGAGACCUUCAUCAAGCUCAUCAGAAUUUUCAAGGAGCACCCACUGAAAAGUUGCUCCCUCGACAACAGCACUGCCUCACCGGAAAAUAACACCCUCGUGCCGAGCAACAGCACCCAGCCUGUGACAGUGACGGUCCAAGGCCAGCCCAACACUGCACUGCUCUCUCUGGUUCUAAUGGCCGGAACAUUUUUCAUUGCUUUCUACCUGCGCAAGUUCAAGAACAGUGCGUUCUUCCCUGGAAGGUUUCGCAGGAUUAUAGGAGAUUUUGGCGUACCGAUUGCCAUCCUCAUCAUGGUCCUGGUGGAUUACAGUAUAAAGGACACAUACACGCAGAAACUGAGUGUUCCUAAUGGUUUCUCUGUGACGAAUCCUGACAAACGUGGCUGGAUAAUCAGUCCACUGGGUACGAAGGGUGACUUCCCCAUCUGGAUGAUGUUUGCCUGCUGUUUUCCCGCUCUGUUGGUUUUCAUCCUCAUCUUCAUGGAGACUCAAAUCACCACGCUCAUUGUGAGUAAGAAGGAGCGGAUGCUGGUGAAAGGUUCUGGUUUCCAUCUGGACCUGCUGCUGAUUGUGGUGCUGGGCGGCAGCUCGGCUCUGUUCGGUCUGCCGUGGAUGGCCGCCGCGACCGUUCGCUCGGUGACCCACGUCAACGCCCUAACUGUCAUGAGCAAAGCCGUCGCCCCCGGAGACAAGCCUCGCAUCCAGGAGGUGAAGGAGCAGAGGGUCACCGGGCUCCUGGUGGCCGUCUUGGUUGGUAUGUCCAUCGUGAUAGGUGACCUGCUGCGUCAGAUCCCCCUGGCAGUGCUGUUUGGUAUCUUCCUCUACAUGGGUGUGAUGUCCCUGAAUGGCAUCCAGCUGACAGAGCGGAUGAUGCUGCUGCUUAUGCCACCAAAGUAUCACCCCGAUCACUCCUACGUACGCAAGGUCCGUACGCUGCGUAUGCAUCUGUUCACCUGCAUCCAGCUAGUGUGUUUGGCAGUCCUGUGGGCUGUCAUGUCGACUCAGGCGUCGCUGGCUUUCCCCUUCGUCCUUCUCCUCACCAUCCCUGUGAAGAUUUUCCUGCUGCGCCGCAUCUUUAAUGUCAGAGAGAUUGCAUGUCUGGAUGCGGACGACGUAGAGCCGAAGUUUGACGAGCGCGAGUGUCAUGAUGAGUACUCUGAGAUGCAGAUGCCGGUGUAACCUGCAACAAGUCUUUGUGUUGCCAUGUAACUCCUCAUAGCAGACACCAAAAUCUGUCAGUCACUCUACCAACCAAUGAGUUCUUCAAACAAGUUGAUGCCGCAGCAUUGUUUAUUAUCUCUGAGAUAUAAACGUACAGUAUGUCGGGGGUCUGGUUUGUUGUCACUUUGGUCAAAUUUUAACUAUUUAAGUAGCUUUUUAUAAGAUUGCUGUGGGCUUUUCUGUCCGUUAACAGCGCUUUGUGGCACAAAGAAUGAAGUCCAACUGAGGAGAUCAACCAGUCGGUAGCUUGUGUUCACAGAUAAAACACUUUUAAAAACAUAUAUAUAUGUAUGUUUCACGGGACGAGAGAUUCCAAAUCAAAUGAUGCGAUCUCAAGCUCAAAAUUAAACACGAUUUCAGUAGAUAGAUUUGCAAGACUGAAAGGUUGCUCUGAUUCACAUUGAAUAUGUGGAGGAUACAUGGGAUUUAUUCUUUUAUAUUAACAUGCUGAGUUAUUGCUUUUCUAGUUAGUUUUAAGUUCACCAAGCGCCUUAUGAAAGAAAUAAAGUUAUACUGAGAGGUGGUUUUUUUUAUUGUUUUUUUUUUUUACCUCAUUCUGUCUUAUUUUAGACAGUUGAUCACUUUACCCGCCUCCCGAAGCUCGUAGCACUUUUUUUUAGAUACCAAUGACUAUAUUUUAUGUAAUCAUUUUAUCGCCUGAGUUUGCUUCUUUAAUAACUAUCUGUGAUUGAUUGUUUUAGCCUGUCCAUCUUUUACCAUACAUUUUUUUUUGGUACUCGCUACGUAAACGCUGAUGCCAGUUAGGCUUUUAUGUCAAAUUCUGUACCUGCAAUGGAUUAAGAUCACCAGCAGAGGGGGAUCUCGCAGGACUUUGAUGAUUCACUAAAAGAAAAAACAGUACAUGAAAAUGCAAUUUCUCAUUACACUAAUGCCAUGACAUCUUGCUUGUUACCAUAACACAUUUUUUUUGUAGAAAAUUAGCACAGUGGUGUAAUAAAUAUACUCUAAUGCACAUGUUUAGGGCACUAAUGCACUAAUGUUGAGUUUGUUUUGAUGUCUCUGGUUGAUUUAUGGGGAUCACUGUAAUUUAUUGGAUUGGAAGUGCCAAAUGUCUCGUGUAAAUAGUUUUAUGAUCAGAACAAAUAAGCUGCAGUUUAGUCAUCUCACGUCUCCUAACAUUGUUGUUGUUCCUUGAAGUAAGUUUCAGUCUAAAUUAACAUAAUUUCAAAGUAUAACAUUCCUUGUUUUAUCAUAAUUUUGCUUCUUUUUUUUUUAGCAGCAACUAAUUGUUUAAACAUUUCGUUCAUUCUCAUAUGAACUCGGUUGACCAAAUUUCCACACAAACUGUGUAGACAAUCUCAAUAUUCAUGCAUUACUGAGAGGGAAGGCUUUUAAAAAUAUAUAUUAAUGUAUUUUCUUUUUGUUUUGUGUCAUGUUGUAUCAGUGUGACAUGGAUUGGUCAAAGCUUUGACUGUGUCAAAUAACUUAAAUUUUCAGUCCUCUGUUACUCUCAAGUGUGUAUUUCAGACACUACUUUUCCGUCUGAACUGUCCCAUCUCAGCCUGACUGUAGUUGGGAUAUUGUGCCUGUUUGAUGUCACAAAGGCGCACAAAAUCUCAAGUGCCUGUGGGACCACGAAGUGUCUGUUGUGUUGUGUAUGGCCGACACGUGUUACAAUAGUUUGCACUUUGGAGACGCUCAUAAAUCAAACAUCUCUCCAUUAUUUAUCUGUUGCAAUAUGAGGCAUUAUUGCUGCUGUUAAAAACUUAUUUGGAGUAUGUCACAGAAUCUUUUUUGUUUUGUAACAUCACACACACAUUUAGCUGCGUCACGGCCAUGGACAAUAAAGGGGAUGUCAAUGAGAAGUAGGCAGUAGCGUCAGUUUUAUGUUUGCUCAUUGUGGCUGUGGAUGAAGGUAGACUGUGUAUGCCAAAGUAUCUGUCAAAGUCGUGAAAUGCUGACAUGAUAUAUUGUUCCAUUUCAAAUGCAAUACAAAGUCCUAGAGGCAAUUGCUGAUGUCCCCUUGUACAUUAAUGGUUGAAAUAUUGAUGACAAAUAAAAGUUAUUUUCUAUAUAUCCUGA